UGAUCUAUACGGAAGAACCAUGGAAGAACAUGUAAACAGUGAGUGAAAAUGAAACGUACAAAGGCAUUAAGAGCAGAUGAGCGCUGAACCUGCGGGGACACUGCGGGGACACUGCGGGGACACUGCGCCGAUGGAGUCCGACUCUCACCCGGACUGGAUGUCCCGUCUGCCGGGGCCGCUGCUCCAGGCGCCGCUCUGGGACUUGGCCAUCCCCGGUAGCCAUGACAGCAUGUCCUUCUGCUUGGACAUGAGCUCUCCGGUGCUGAGGUCCGAGGCUGCUUUGCUCCAUCUCCUGGACUGUUUCUUCCCCUGCUGCACACGGCCCUGCAUCAAGCGCUGGUCUACCACACAGCGGUCUGUGCUCAUUGUCCAGUGUGAACUUGGGAUUCGAUUCUUGGACCUGAGGAUUGCCAAAAAACCAACAAGGGACACAACACUGUUUUUUGCCCAUGGAGUUUACACGUUGAUAUCUGUGAAGGAGGCACUAGAGGAGCUGUGUGUCUGGCUGGAGGAUCACCCCAGAGAAGUACUCAUCCUGAGCUGCUCUCACUUUGAGAGCAUGACAGAGGAUGACCACCAGGACCUGGUGAACUUCAUCCUCACACUGUUUGGACCCAAACUCUGCCCCCCACAGGAGUGUCCUUCUCUGAGUUCGUGCUGGCUCCGGGGGCAGCAGGUCAUUGUGUCCUAUGACAAGGACCAGAUGUUGAAGGAACAUCCCCAGCUUUGGACCUCAAUCCCAUAUUGGUACGCAAAUAGUCCAGACCCCAGGAAGGUCAUCCAAUAUUUGGACAAUCGGCUGAGUGAGGGGAGACCAGAGAAAUUCUUUGUGAGUGGACUAAACCUGACCGAGGACUUGGCCUAUAUCCUGCGACAUCCCCUGCUUAACCUGCAGCGACUCACCCUGAGAGGACUGCCCCUGCUGCUGCGCUGGACCAACCAGCAGAGACCAGGAGCUCAAAGGGCUGGGGUCAACAUCCUGUGCUCUGAUUUCAUUGGCCUCAGUCAAUUCUGCUCCAUCAUAAUUGGACUAAAUUAUAAAGUGCUGCAUUCCACCUGAAAUCUCCUGGGAGGUUGGACCAACUAAUUUAGAGUUCUGGUUGAGAAAUGUUCAAAUUUAUUUUUGUAUUUUAUAUGUAUAGAUAUUUUUCAUGUAUGUACGGGAGCCUUUUAAAAUUAUGAUAAGAAAAGUUAUUAUUAAUUGAAAGCAUUUAUUUGUAUUUUUGCUUUUUUUUCUCUUCUGAACUUAAAAACAUUGCACUUAAA